UUGUCUGGCAAUGGAAAGGUUCGGAACCCCAAGAAGCCCAAAGCGCGUCCUCCCAAGUCGUUGCGUGAGACUGUGCUCUUGCCGGUGAGAUCGCUACCUGCAUAUUCCGGACCAUACUCUGUAGGGACCAUGGAGAUUGAAGUGCCUGUUGAAAACCCCCGAACCUUUACCAACAUCACGCGGAAAGGAAACCACGUACUGCAAUUGAAGACUGUGCUGUUGACAAUCUACUAUCCGGCUUCUCCGCCGCAGAAGAAACGGCCAUCGAGACAACUAUGGCUGGGUCGGCCUCGAAUCAGUAUGGCCAAAGGCUACGGACAAUUUGCAGGCGUUGGAUCCUUGGGUGUGCCAAUCUUUUUACCUACGAUGUUUACGAAGCUUCCAGCAUUUCGAAAUGCUCCUCUCUCAUCUGAAUACCCUCCUGAAUCGGGCGAUAGGCAAGAUGACCAGAAGUCGGGCGAGACCACAGAGGAAGAGGAAUCCAAAGAGAAGGAUGAACCAGAGGAUGCCCCGCCAAAGUUUCCCCUCAUGAUCUUCAGUCAUGGUUUAGGCGGCACCAAGACUGCUUACUCGAGUGUUUGCGGUGAGUUUGCGAGUUAUGGAUUCGUUGUUGUAGCAUUGGAACAUCGAGACGGGAGCGGUCCUCGAAGUUUCAUAAAUCAGCCCGGGACUGGUGAGGUUCGGUUUGACAAAGAUGGUGAGCGCCGAGCUCCAAAACACCGUCACAGAACCCAUGGCGAUACGCACUAUGAUAUAAUGGACUAUCUCUUUCCCAAAGAUAAUCCUAUGGAUACAGCUCCGAAUAACGACAAAGGAGUUGACCAUGAACUCAGAGAAGGUCAACUAGAUCUUCGUUUGGCGGAGAUCGAAGAAGCUUACAAGGUCAUAAACAUCAUCAACUCUGGAAAGGGUGAAGAGAUUGCUGCACAAAACAUGCGCGAAGAAGGCUACAAGGCUUCGAGUACUCAUGGUCUAGACGGCAUCGAUUGGAAAGCAUGGACAGGGAGAGUCAACACUCAACACGUCAUCGCUGCCGGGCAUUCCUUCGGUGCAGCAACUGUUGUGGAUAUGCUGAGGCACGAGAAACGAUUCGAAUGGAUCGCGCAAGGCAUCAUCUAUGACAUCUGGGGAAGCGGCACUCGACCAGCAGACAAGGAGGAUCAGAAGAUUCAGGCUCCGAUUCUGGCCAUCAACUCAGAAGCUUUCACAUACUGGCCAUCAAAUUUCGACCUUGUGUCAGAUCUGGUGAAAGAAGCUCAUCCAUCCCCAGCGUGGCUUCUGACUGUCCGUGGAACAAUACAUGUCUCACAGUCCGACUUUUCGUUGUUGUACCCCAACGUAUGUUCGAUUUUCUUGAAAGCAAGCGCCAAUCCCGAACGAGCUCUGGACAUCAACGUCAACGCAUCGCUGGAGUUCUUACAUAUGGUCAUGCCUUCAAUACCACUUCGCAUCAAGAAGGCAUUCCCGAACGAAGAGCUGUUACUCAAGGAAACUCAUCACCUAGAGGACAUUGCCCAAGUAGACAUGCACAAACCAAAGGACGAGAAAUGGAUGGCCGCCAGAUUGCGCAUUCCGCACGAGUUUACGUGGCGUGUUGCUCCCGGGUUGGCAAGAAAAAUGGCGCGGAAGAGAAUGACGGAAGGAGGCGGUUCGCCAGAUGAUGAGAUCUGGUUGCAUUGCAAGCCG